GCCCGAAUGUGUGGAGAGAGAAAAGCAAAUGUGUUGAUUCAUAAAAAUUGACAGCUUCAUCAUGCAUAAAUUUCUGGCCGCUUGUCAAAACGGACACCUGGAUAAAAUAAAGCGCCUCGCCGAGGAGCACGACAUAAAGGACUGGACCAUUUACCGGCACAAGACGACAGGUGACACGGCUCUGCACCUGGCAGCUCGUCAAGGCCACCUCGAGGUCGUUCACCACCUGUGCGAGAACUGGCCGCACCUCGAAAAGGUGGUGGUAGACGCGGCAAACUUUGACAUGAAGCGUCCACUGCACGAGGCCGCGCAAUUUGCCCGCAAACGGAUACUCCGCUACCUAUUGCACUUUGGCGCAGAGGUGGAUGCCCUGAAACGAGCAGACUGGACGCCGCUCAUGCUCGCUUGUACCCAGGGUGGCUCAGAUGCUCUGGAGUGCGUCGAGACUUUGCUGGACUAUGGGUCAAACUCGCGUCUAAGAAACAAGGACGGGUGGACACCACUGCUGCUCGCCAGCCGAACCGGGGAGCCUCGGAUAGUCCAGCUUCUAAUCGACUUCUCGCCCGAGUGUGUCGAUGACCGGAGUAACAACAAGCGCAGCGCGCUCCACAUCGCUGCAUUUCACGCUCACCGAGAUGUUGUCGAUCUGCUGCUGAAGGCCAUGCCGGAGCUGCUGGAGGCGCGUGAUUCUGCUGGUUGCACUCCACUGCUAGAGUCGGUCAAGAGUAAGGAUCCCGGGAUCACGCGGCAUUUGAUCGAACAGGGAGCCAACGUCGAGGCACUUGACAACAUUGGACAGAAUUUGGUGCACGUAGCGGCUUCUGUAGGAAAUGUAACGGUCAUUCGAUACGCUCUGACUAAGCUAGGGGAGCACUUUCGCGGGGCAACGGAUCGGUUUGGCGUUACUCCGUUGCAGAUUGCAAAAAAAAAUAAACAAAUCGAGACUGCUAGACUGUUGGAUUUUUGCUGA